AGGACUGUUUGGAUCUGAUAGAAAGGAGACGGACUUGCACGUGUCUCUGAUCAGGAUGCUGGUAAAUGCAACUCUGGGCACUUGUGUCCUCUUGCAAUGCAUCCUGCCCCAUCACCCUACCCUGCCAAACACAAGGGUGUACUGGCAAACAAAGCCAAGUGAUGGGAAGGCUGUCCAUCUCUACUUUGAUGGAAAGGAAGACCUGGACCACCAGGAUCCCCUGUAUCGGAACCGCACCGCUCUGGACCUCAGCCAGCUGGCCGCAGGGAACUUCAGCCUGCGGCUUUGCCACCUGACCGAACAGGAUAACAACACCUCGUUCUACUGCCUCCAUGCUACAACAGCGAACAGGAGCCCAACAAAGAUCAGCCAGGUAACCUUGCAGCUGCAGGAACCCAAAGAUUCAGAACCUCCAUGGCCAUGGUGGACUUGGGUGAUCUUGGUCUUGGCAAUCUUCUUAUUUGUGCUUCUUGCACUUGGCAUUUUUUAUCUUGUGCGAAGAUGGAGAAGGAGCGGAACAGGUCACAUAGGUCACAUAGACAACGACCCUGGAGCGGCCAAUGGAAUCCCCACUGGAGUAGCCAAUGAACUGGCCAAUGGACCAGUCAAGAGAAGAGGCGAUGACUCCAGUGCAGCGCUGGUAGACAACAAGGAAGCUGUUGACCUGGAGAUGGUAGCAGGUGAUCCACUGCUGGAGGACAGGAGCCAGGAUGGAUGA